GCUGUUGUCGUAGUAAAGGAGUAGAGGGGGCAGCUGAAGUCAAGGUAGGACAGAUGUAUCGAAAACAGCCAGUUACUUGCUUAAGAAAAUCGAUCAUUUUUGUUUUUCCUUUUAUUUUUUAAACAUCAAGAAGAAGAAAAAUGGGAAGCACGUUGAUGGAGUCCAGCAAAGGGAGCUCAAAAAAGAUCCCAAAAAAGAGGAAAAGUCUGCGGAUAAACAUGCCAGACUUUGGGGAUUUAACUGCCCCUAAAUUGGAGACCAGUGGCCAAACCAAAAGUGGCAGUCAGACGGAGGAGCGUCUCAUUCGUUCAGCCAGCCCCACCAAAGGAGUUUCUAUAAAGAACCCCUCCAGCAGGCCUUCAACACCCCAAUCUGCUUCAUUGCCAAAGGCCCUGUCAGCUUCACCAAAAUCUAUUUUCCCGUAUCCCUCCAAUCAGUGCUCCUCACCCAAGUCCCCCCAUCGCCUCAGCUUCAGCGGUAUCUUCCGCUCAAAUUCCACAUCUGCAAGCAUGAAAAUCUUCUCCAGAACCCGAAGAGCUUCUGGACGCUCCACGCCUCCCUCCACUCCGACCCAGGCAUCCUGCCAACCUGUGUUCAGCCCAGAGGCUCAGCGGCAGAGCGGCCCCAGUCCAGAACGCCUGGAGUCCAGUUCCCGAAGCCGCUCCCUGUCCACUCCUCCAGACACAGGACAGCGCAUCAGCCUUUCCUACGCUAAACCUCCGAUCCCAUCAACCAGUCCUGUGCCACCUUUCUCUACCUCACACCAUGUCUACGGCUUAUUCGAAGGUAUGCUGGAGAAACUUGAACUAGAUGAUGAUGCUGCUGAGCCUGAGAGUGAUAUUUACAUGCGCUUCAUGAAAUCCCACAAGUGCUACGACAUUGUUCCCACAAGCUCCAAGCUGGUCGUGUUUGACACGGCACUCCAAGUUAAAAAGGCGUUCUUCGCCUUAGUGGCCAAUGGUGUGCGAGCUGCUCCUCUAUGGGACACGGAGAAGCAAAGCUUUGUGGGAAUGCUGACAAUCACAGAUUUCAUCAUCAUACUGCACAGAUACUAUAAAUCACCACUGGUGCAAAUUUAUGAGUUAGAGGAACACAAGCUUGAGACGUGGAGAGAGGUUUAUCUUCAAGCAACGUUUAAACCUCUUGUUAACAUAUCACCAGAAGCAAGCCUGUUUGAUGCAGUAUACACCCUCAUCAAAAAUAAAAUUCACCGCCUGCCUGUCAUCGACCCUGUUACAGGGAAUGCACUUUAUAUUCUCACACAUAAGAGGAUCCUAAAGUUUCUCCAGCUGUUUAUGUGCGAAAUGCCAAAGCCAGCUUUCAUGAAGCAGACCCUAGGUGAGCUGGGUAUCGGAACGUACCAUGAGAUUGCUUUUAUCCACCCUGACACGCCCAUCAUUAAAGCACUCAACAUCUUUGUGGAGAGACGAAUAUCUGCUCUGCCUGUGGUGGAUGACUCAGGCAAAGUUGUUGAUAUUUAUUCCAAGUUUGAUGUAAUUAACUUGGCUGCAGAGAAGACGUACAAUAACUUGGACAUCAGCGUGACGCAGGCCCUGAAACAUCGCUCGCAGUACUUUGAAGGAGUCGUUAAGUGCCACAAAAUGGAAACGAUGGAGACCAUUGUGGACAGAAUAGUCAAAGCAGAAGUCCAUCGGCUGGUGGUGGUGGAUGAGCGCUCCAGUAUUGAGGGCAUUAUUUCCCUUUCAGACAUCCUCCAGGCUCUGGUGCUCAGCCCAGCAGAUGCCUGUAAGGAGGAGAACCUGACUGAAUGAGUUUGUGGUGCAUCAGCUUUAGUGGGCGAAGUGAAUUCAUCUACAGCUUAAGUUGUAUUGUUUGAAGCUGAUGUGGAAAUUCUGGAGCGGUUCGGAAAAGUCAUGUGCAGCUGAGUGAAGUGGAGUGAAGUUUUUUUGCACUGAGGAAUGGAUUCUCUCUCUUUUUUUUUUUUUUCUUUUUCCAGUUUAAACACUGAUCCAAUGCACACGCAUUACAAACCAAUAUGCAAACACACGCCGAUGAAUGCAACAACCUUAUGGGAAAUGGAGAACAUUUUCAGAUUGAUCUGGGCUUUAAGUAGUUAAAAUCAUGUAGCUGUCAUCCUACACUUUUUAUACUUUAGUCACGUUUUGAUACUUUAACAUCCAUUGUACCAAAGUGUUUUAGCAGCACAACUACAUCCUCAUCCACAGAGAUUGGACAGCUGCUGUCAGCAAGGAGAACCGUUGCCAAUGCCAACAUAAAAUCACUCAGUGCGCAGUUUUUUGUGCCUUUUGUGCAGCAUUUUGCAUUAGUUUCUCACUGUGUGACUCGAGUGCUUUUUUUUUUUGUAAUAUAAACGUAAGAUUGAAACAUUUACUUUUUAGGGGUUAAAAAGUCAUUUAUACUGUUUAUUCCCGGCUGUUAUGGAAGCUUCACACAAACAGGUGGAGCUGCUGGUGUGUGUCAGCUGGAUCGCAACAGGACUCAUCUCAUUCUUGUGUAAAUGAGAUUGUUCUCUGAUGACGUCACAGAAAGCUUUAUUUUUAUGAAUGUGUUAACAUAUCUAAAGAUACUUCAGUUUGAAUGUUAUUUUUGUACAUAUAUUGUGGCAGUAUGUCUAAUUCAGAGAGACUUUGUAUCGAAUCAAAAUGUACUGUAAAUGUGCAAAGCAUGACAAACUACACUUCAGCAGAAUGAAUGUUUGUUUUGACUUUUUCUAUUUUUCUGGGAGCAGAAAAAUAAACAGACACUGAAUGUACUCUAAAAGCCGA